ACAUGGAUUGACGUUAAAGGACCGUUAAAGGACCGUUCAAUAUGGUGGACUUGAAAACAAUACUGUUCAUUGUGUGUCUGAGCCUAUGCAUAACGUCAUGCGAAUCAACGUUUACGUUUGCCUCUUCAUACUCUGACCACGUGGUGUUACAGAAGGGAACACGUGGUACAAUUGUAUGGGGCAAGUCUUCGAAGCUUGGCGAUACCGUUCAUGUUUCAUUAAAUGGUCAUGAGGUUGCUCAUAGUAACGUUACUCAUGAUGCAUACGGCGGGCUGAUUUGGAUGGUUAAGGUAGUUAUGACGUCACAUCAUUAUGGUCCAUAUAACCUGACCGCAAGGUCAAGUCUAGGGGCGAUAACUCUUCAUGACGUAAUGUUUGGUGAUGUGUGGUUGUGCUCUGGCCAAAGCAACAUGGAAUUUACUCUAAGUAAGCUUAUCAACGACACUUCUGAAUACGCGGACGCCUCUAACUACCAAGAUAUACGAGUGUUCAAGGCAAACCAUUACCAUUCUUCGUCCAGUCUGGGGGAUUUUCAUCCACAUACCAUCGCAAGCUGGGCAAAACCUUCAAGAUCGUCCCUGACAAGCUUUUCCGCUGUAUGCUGGUUGUUUGGAAAGCGUCUGUCCUCACAGUUUGGAUAUCCGAUCGGAUUGAUAGAAUCAAAUUUUGGUGGGACGAAAAUCGAGUUGUGGUCUUCACCUGACGCUCUUAGCCAAUGUUCAUCGCGAAAAAGAGCGAACAAUAUUGCUAACUCGGGACUGUGGAAUGGCAUGAUCUCCCCCUUGCUAAGGAACACAAUAUACGGCACGAUUUGGUACCAAGGUGAAUCUAACACACCAAAUCCCGGAAAAUAUGCAUGUCAGUUCCCUGCCAUGAUCGCUGACUGGAGGCAUAAGUUCAGUGACGCUUCGCUUCACACGACAUCCCCUAGCUUUCCAUUUGGGUUCGUACAGCUUGCAGGGAACCACAAUGGUACGAACGGAACCUAUUUUGCGUGGAUGAGAUGGACCCAGACAGCAGCCUACGGGAAGGUCCCAAACGCAAAGAUGCCAAAUACAUUUAUGGCAGUGGCUAUGGAUCUUCCAGACUUUAAAUCUCCUUACGGAACAAUACAUCCCCGAUUCAAGCAUGACGUAGCAUCCCGUCUGGCCUUGUCAGCUCUCGGUGUGGCGUACCACCAGUCUGGGCUGGAGUACCAGGGUCCUUACCCAUCAAAUUAUCAUGUGACUGGUCACUCUCUUAAUAUAGAAUAUGACCAGGGACGAACCCCCAUUAGGGUGAAUGCUAAUGUAACUAAUUUCGAGGUGUGUUGUUCGUAUCGUGAAUGCAACUUAAACUAUGGAGUAUGGCAACCGGCACCCAUCACGUCACAUGAUGUAUCGUCCAUUACCCUUGAUACAAGUCCUUGUGGUCACGUACCCCUGUCUGCCGUCAGAUAUGCCUGGAGGGAAAGUCCUUGCGCUUUUAAGGAGUGUGCCUAGUAUGGGAGGGACACUGACCUUCCAGGACCACCGUUUUACCAUAAUUUACACUAAAUGAACUUGGGAUUGUUUCAAGAAAAUAAAUCGA